CUCCUGAUUCUCAAGGUUGCGGCAACUCGUGUGAGGGAAUAUUAUAGACGCCAGCCAUCAUGAGGUUCAUCAUCGCCGCCUUCAUGGCAGCACUGGUCGUGCCUUUAGCUCUGGCCCAGAACACUUCGAGUUCUGCUCACACAACUUAUCAGAUCCCCGACUGCGCUAAAUUUUGUUUAGCGAGCUUUUCAGACCGGUCAACAUGCGCCCUGGAAGACCUAGCCUGCAUAUGUCCAAAAACGGCACUGAAGGUUGACAUUACCAAGUGCGUAGUGGCUGAAUGUAGCAUCAAGGAAGCAUUGUUUACGAAGAACAUCACAUCUGUCGCCUGCAAGGAAGAGAUCAGGGACAGACGUCUGGAACUCAACAUCACAGCUAUUGUCCUUGGAUCACUGGCGGCCGUAUUGGUGAUACUUCGAAUGUUUUCCAAGAUCUUUGUGAUUGGUGGCAGCGUUGGCUUGGACGACUGGUUCAUCGUAGCGACGAUUCUACUCGGCGUUGCUGACACGGUGCUUAUCGUCGAAGGACUUACAGGCAACGGCCUUGGUCGAGACAUAUGGACCUUGACCAGCGAGCAAAUCACCCAGUUUGGGCUGCACAUGUACGUGAUACAGAUCAUGUAUAUUGCACGACUGUCCGCGCUGAAGAUGUCGCUACUGUUCUUCUACCUUCGCAUAUUUCCCAACUCACGCAUACGGCAAUUUCUCUGGGGCACCGUAAUUUUCAACACGGGCUACUUUAUGGCUUUUAGCGCUGUUGGCGCUUGCCUCUGUCGCCCCGUCCACUUUUACUGGGAGAGGUGGGAUGGCGAACAUCUCGACGGGACUUGCCUGGAUGCCAACGCGAUCGGCUGGGCCAAUGCAGCGGUCAGCAUCAUCCUCGACGUUUGGAUGCUGGCGCUGCCAUUGUCGCAGUUGGGGUACCUGAAGCUGCACUGGAAGAAGAAGGUCGGCGUGAUCAUUAUGUUCGGUGUUGGUACAUUCGUCACCGUCAUGAGCGUUCUCAGACUCCAAUCUCUCGUUACGUUUGCAAGCUCCGACAACCCGACCUGGGACAACUGGGACGUCGUCAGGUGGUCGACUAUCGAGGUCAACAUCGGUGUCAUCUGCGCUUGCCUACCGCCCCUGAGGGUGCUACUCAUCCGCGCGUUCCCACAACUGAGCGGCUCGAGAAGCAACUACCCGUCGCAGAUGAAUCAAGCCUACGAAGCGGGCAAGGGCUCCCGGGGCGCAAUCGCGCUCAACUCCAAAGUGCAGCUCCCCAACGGGCGAUCAAGGUCCAGGGCCAUGGGCGUCGAGUCGACGGUCGAGCGAGGAUCCAUGGUUAUGGAAGACGCGAAAGGAACGGCAGGCAAGGGCGGAAUCCAGUGCCAGGUCACUUACAGUAUUUCUUACCGGGAGCGAGAACACGACGAGGAGAGCCUGGUGGGAACGAAGCACCGCGAUGAUUUCGACGAUAUCCCGAGGAGGGGGAGCCCCGGGGGUGCGAGCACGCCAUCGACGAUGCGGCGCAGCCCGAGCGUGGCUGCUGCGGAGCGGACCGGACGAGUCGAGAGCCCAGGGCCGUCGAGGAGCCUCAGCCGGUCGCGGUCUCACCACAGAAACUUUAGUCGGAACGGACGUUUCGAGAGCCCAGGGCCAGCGAGGAACCUCAGCCGGUCGCAAUCUCACCAUAGGAACUUUAGCAGGCCCCACGUUCCAUCCAGCAGCAUAAGCCACUCCCGCUCGGACAGCGUGUCGGCGUUGGACUCUAGGGAGAGGCUGGAUCCAGACGCUGUGGGACCGCUGAGCCCGAGGUAUCCUUUGCCAUAGAUCUACCACGAUAUUCACUUGACAUUUCCUUUUUCGCUUUCGUAUCCGGAAGGAAUACCACUACCGCAUAAUGAUCCCC